AUGGACGGCGUCGAUGCUUUGCCUGUUGCUCCGAAGAGGAAGCAGGACGACUCAGUGGUGGCUCGACCACCAAAACAGCGGAAGGGUGGUGCCCACGACACGGGCAAGAAGAAGUCUGCGUCGUGGUGCGAGGAAAGCGUGGCACGACUCUUCUUUCUUCGCUACAAAACCGAACUCGCCAAUCGGUUCGACUCCAAGAACAACAACCAGAAGAAGGAGGCGUACGAAAUGCUGGCCUCGGAACUCAGCAUCGAUGUCAAUCGGGUCUAUUCUGCCAAGCAGCCGGUCAGAGGCGAGGAAUCACAAUCCGAACAAACGAUCGACGACGUGACCUUCGACCUGUGGGUGGACGACUCGGACUUUGUGGGGCAUUACCGAGGCAUGUACGACUGA